UACAAACGGUCUUCCUCGAUGCGUUGUAAUACUGGCCCGUAAAGUUUCUUCCUAUAUAUACCUUCCCGCUCUUCAGGACACGGGCUCAGUCAGUAUCACGACGCCGGCCAGUGUGUUGUGCUGUUUGCCUCGAGUCCACAGUUAUUUAUUCACAUUUUUUUCAUUCUUACGCAAAAAGAGGGCAAAUAUUGGCAUUAACUUACUCCACUUGUGCCAGAGGACCAACAAGAAAUUAAUCAGCGGAUCAUUCUGACGUUUUGAUUUUUAGAUUUGUGUUUUUUCGGAAGAGGAAAUACCAACGACCGGCCGGUGAUCAUUUAUUUUAAAACGUCAGCAACUCAUUUUUUUUAAACACUCUGUUUUUAACUAUUCACGUGGUAACUAGUUGUUAUUGUUUGUUUAUUUAAUUUAUUGUCCUUAAUAUGGCGUCAUCUCAAAAACUUCUGGAUCGUUUAUCAUGCCGCCAAGUAUUGAAUAUAAUGGUGAUACUAGGAUUUAUGCUCAAUUACAUGCUCAGAGUGAAUCUCACCAUAGCUAUUGUUGCAAUGGUCUUUCCAAAUAACUCAACACAUUCCAAUUUAACGCACGGUAAUCACGAAUGCUCCGGAGGUACAGCGCCCGUGAAUUUCAGUAAUUCAACGAUGAUUCAUGGUUAUGGAGGAGGAUCGAAUCGGUCAGAACAAUUUCAUAAUAAUAAUGGAGAGGAUCAGGAAAGGGCACAAACGAGAUACGACUGGGACGAAUACGACGUGAAUUUCAUUCUGGGUGCAUUUUUCUGGGGCUACAUAUGCACAGAGCUACCAGGUGGUAGAUUAGCCGAAGUGAUAGGCGCUAAAAGAGUAUUCGGAUACAGCAUGUUGAUUUCAAGUAUCGUGACAGUAUUCACCCCAGUGGCAGCAACACUGGGGCCUGGGAUGGUAGCGGCGCUUCGGGUAGUCUUGGGAUUUAUGCUGGGUGCAAGUUGGCCUGCCAUACAACCAAUGACAUCGCACUGGAUCCCGCCCUUGGAGCGCAGCAAGUUCGUCUCGAAUAUGAUGGCGUCAUCCUUGGGAGCUGCGAUAACAAUGCCCAUCUGUGGCUACCUCAUCGCCUCCAUCGGUUGGGAAUCAGUUUUCUACGUCACUGGAGGAAUUGGAUUGGUCUGGAGUAUAGCUUGGUUCAUGCUAGUAUUUGAUUCCCCUGCCCAACAUCCGAGGAUCACUGACGAGGAGAGAAAAUUCAUUGAAGAAUCCAUCGGCUCUACUUCAUCGAAAAAAGUGCUGUCUGUCCCCUGGAAGUCAAUCUUCACAUCUCUCCCAGUUUGGGCAAUCGUGAUAACUCACGCAUGCAGUGUAUUCGGUUACUUCACAGUUGUCAAUCAGCUUCCAACGUACAUGAAGUACAUUCUCGAUUUCAACAUAAAAGCGAAUGGCCUCCUGUCAUCUCUCCCUUACAUCGGCAAAUACGUUUUUGCAUUGGCAACAUCGACUCUUGCCGACUAUCUCCGUAGUACCAAUAGGCUCUCGGUGACCGCAAUCCGGAAGAUAUUCACGACAUUUGCCGUCAUCACUCCUGGGCUAUUUAUGAUCCUCCAAGCUAACUACGGCUGCAAUCGCACAUUUUCCGUCGCUAUAUUCACCAUAGCUUUGACUAUCAAUGGAGCUGUGACUGCUGGAUAUCUGGGAAAUGGGCUUGACAUUGCGCCAAACUUCUCGGGAACAAUAUUCGGUCUCGCCAACACUCUGAGCUCGUUGGGAGGAUAUCUCAGCAGUCUCAUGGUGGGAAGAUUGACGUACAAAAAUCAAACAUAUCAUCAGUGGACCUAUGUCUUCUGGAUCCUAGCUGUUACUUAUAUCACUGGAGCACUGUGUUUCGCUUUCUUCGGGACUGGAGAGCUACAAAAGUGGAAUAACCCGGAGGAUAAUGGAGCUAAAAAGACUGAUGAUGGAAAUGAAGAUAUUGAGGAAGCUGUUCCCCUGAAGAAAAUCACAGCUGCCUGAUUUUUUAUUCAUUUUUAUCGAUAUUUUCACUGUAUUUCUCUGUUUUUCGAGCAUAACUUAAUGUAAAUAUUGAGUGUUUUUAUAGUGAAAAUUCCCAAUAAAUCAAUUUAUAAAAAU